GACCUAGGUGCGAUUCUUGGUCUGACCUAGCAAAACCGCACGUUAGGGAUGCGGUUUUGUUUCUCCAAAACAAACCGCAACCUCAACAUGCGGUUUUGCCCUUGCCGACAUACAAACCGCCCCCCCCCCCCCCCCCGAUGCGGUUUGUGUGUCGUCCCCAUUUUUCCGACAUCAAAAUGUUGCCAUGCAGGUUGACAGACGUGGGGAUGCAUAACAGAUGAAAACCGCACCCUCCCCAUGCAGUUUUCAUCGAUGAUUUUGCCAAUAAAAGACAGGAAAGGGGGUCACCUAUGUCGAUGGAAAUUUUCGGAAAAAUAAAGGUCGCUACCAGACCGAUGCUUGAAGACCUCUAUCAAAUGUGUACUAACGUUACUUGCAUGGAUGACACGAGAAGAGUUGAUCGUAUGGUGUAUCGGUAUCCAAACAGAGAAGGCGGGUUGUUGUGGCACGAGGAAUAUCUCAGAACCACUCAGGAUGAAGUAGAUGCCAUGCUCGAAUUCUUGAGGUCCAACAAUCUUUCCAAAGCCGAGAUGUUCGUUUACACCGAGGCGAUCGUAGCCGUUGGAGGUCAUUAUGGAGACGGUCAAACAUCUGGUAUCCAUGGUGGAGGUGAAUUAUAUGGAGAUCGUCCCUACCGAAGUUACCAUGAUCCUCAUUCCUAUUUUCAGUACCAAGAGCAAGGUGAAGGUCAUCAUCAAUCUUUCCCAUCAUAUGAAGAAGAAGUUCAACCGGGCUAUGUCAACCAACCCGAGUACAACUUCCAAUCAGGCAGCGGUAGUUUUCACAACUACCAUUAUGGAGCUGAUGAAGGUGCCUUUCAUGAGCUGGAUUAGAUGGAAGAUGCCCUGCCAACACCAGUUAGUGACCCCUCCGAUGAAGAAGGAGAGAACAACGUCAGUGCAGACAACUGCGACCCUCUUGAAGGUGCUGAUGAUUCAGGACCAGGUUUGAGAGAUGCAUUGCACAAAUGGUGGUAGAUAUUAGCUAGGAAAACGGAUGCCCAACUCAACUCCCCCAUCUCAUCCCAACUACCAAGGAGGAUCCUAAGCCAUCCACAGCUAAUUAAAUUGCUCAAUUUUU